AUGGUCAACAAUGGAUAUGAAAUGGUCUCAAGAUGUUGCAUUUGUGAAACUGAAGAAUAUAGUAUGAAUCACUUACUCUGGGAAUGUAAUUUCAGUACUGAAGUUUGGGAUUGGAUAUGCUCUAUAUUUCAAUUCAAAGUACCAAAAACUCUUGAAGACAUAUGGAAAUGUACCUCUAGUUGCAGUCCACUUAUUAAACAGGUUUGGAUUUCAGCAGCCUGUAUUAUCCUAAAAGAGCUUUGGUUUCAUAAGAACAAGAGAGUUUUUGAAAACAUUAAGCCUAAUAUGCAAGGAUUCAAGUGCAGAGUGAUGAAAUUAGUGAAUGAAGGUGGUCUGAGAAUGAAUGGUACCAAGUGGAAUCAAAACUAUGAUAAUGAGAUUAUUGAAAAAUUUCAGUUGGGUCUUAGGCAUUCCAGAUUUCAGAAAAUCACAAAAUGCCAUUGGUUACCACCUGCACAGGACUUUGUUAUGUUUUGUUGUGAUGACUCAUCAUUUGGGAAUCCCGGGUCUGCAGGUUUUGGUGUUGUAGUCAGAGACUCAGCUUGUCAGGUAUUAGGUACCCUCUCUGGAGGUAUUGGCAUUGCUUCAAACUAUUUAGCUGAAUCCUAUGGUAUUAUGUGUGCAUUGGAGCUGGCAGUUCAAUGGAAUCUGCAGAAGAUAAUUAUAGUAUCAUAUUCAAAAUCUGUUCUGGCUGAAUUUGCUCAGGGGAGAGUGCCAUGGUUUCUAAAGGGCAGAUGGCUUUUGGCUACAAGCAAAAUCAAAAAGAUUCAAUAUAAACAUUGUUACAGGGAGAUUAACUUUUCUGCAGAUUGUAUGGCAAAGAAGGAAGCAUUAUUAACUGCAGGGGAAAGACAAAUUCAUAUGGGGAGACCCCAGUGUUUGCCAAGAGUAGAAAUGCCAGAUGUUGAUUACUUUAGGUUUGAUUAA